CCCGACCGACCCCUGAGGACACUGUCAUCUCUUCACGCUCUCCCUCUGCCCCCCCCUCCCGUCUCUGUGUCUCUGCUCCACCUCAAGGCCUUUGGGACCAAGAGCGCCGGUGGCGGUAUAGAGCCUUACCUGUCGGGUAUCAAAACGGGCAUUUUAUCAGGCCGAGCGGCCUCUCCUGCGGCGGCCUUCCCCCCUGGCCUGAGGAAGUACCCCAAGGAGGGGGCAAUGCCCUCCCUGACAGCCUCCUCAAGCCAAGCGAAAGCCCUCCUGGUGAGCCUGUCGGCCUCGGGCCUGAACGCCGAGGCCUUGCUCCUGUCCUCCGCCCUCCGUCACCACCGCCUCCUCCGUGAGCAGCGGGCCGCCGCCGCCGCCUCCUCUUCCUCCUCCCUGCCCCGGCCCAGCAGCCAGUCCUCCUCGCCGACUCCCACCGCCACCUCCUCCUCCGCCUCCUCCUCGCCCACCACGCCCACACCCUCCCUGUCCCCCUCCUCCCCCACCACCCUCAGCUCCUUCCCCCUCCGACCCGGCGGGUGUAGCCCGGACAGCGGUAAGCACGGUGGUGGCGAGUGA